UAUAAUGGACUUCGUUACCUACCUACUAAUAAUCCCAACGAAAAAUACAAAACCCCCUCUCACUUCACCAAUGGAAUCCAUACCAUACAUCCCCAACGAAAAAAUGUCGGCUCUCCUCCUUCACCUCCUCCUCUCCUUUCUCCUCUCAAAUUUUCUCUCAGCUCAAGCUGACACCAACAUCACCCUGGGAGAAACCUUGACCCCUCUGACUCCUCCCACAUCUUGGCUCUCCCCUUCGGGCGACUUCGCUUUCGGGUUCCGUCCUCUUGAAUCCGACCCGACCCAAUUCCUCCUCGCCGUCUUCUUCAACAAAGUCCCCAACCAAACCGUAGUCUGGACUGCAAAUGGAGGCAACACCAUCAAUAAUCAGUCAAAGGCCGUGUUCACUGAAGAUGGCAGGCUUUCCCUCCAAGAUCACUCAGGCAAUGAAAUUUGGAAUGCCGGUGUCAACGGUGCAACAUCUGCAGCCAUGCUCGACACUGGCAACUUCGUACUCUCAAGCUCAAAAUCAGGCAUAUUAUGGCAAACCUUCCACAAUCCAACCGACACAAUCUUGCCCGGACAAACCCUAAAUAAGGGGACGUCGAUGUAUGCAAAACUAACGGACGAUGAUUACUCUCCAGGGCGAUUCAAGUUGAAGUUCCAGGAUGAUGGCAACCUCGCUCUGAUACCGCGUGCUUAUCCUAGCGCUUUUGAGUAUGAUUCAUAUUGGUUUACGCAGGGUUCCGAUUCUGGGAGCAAUAAGCUUGUGUUCAAUGAAAGCACGAGGAGUUUGUAUUUAUCAUAUCCUAGUGGCGGUGUGAUUUCUGUGUUUUCCGCACCUGCGCUUGGUGGUGGUGGUGCCGGCGGAGGUUAUUAUUUGAGAGCCACUGUGGACACUGACGGCGUUUUUAGGCAAUACUCAUUUCCAAAGGGCAGCACAAACUCAGAUUGGACCGUGACAAACCAAGUAGCCGAAGACAUCUGCACCAUAAGCUUCGAAACAUUCAGCGGGCCUUGCGGCUUCAACAGCUAUUGCAGCAAUCCAGAUUCACAAGAGAAAACUCACUGCCUUUGCCCCCCAAAUUACUCCUUCAUAAACCCAAACCUCAAAUUCAAAGGUUGCAAGCCCAAUUUUACCCCUCAACCCUGCGAACCCAACAACAAAACCCAAUUCCAUUUCGCCACCCUCAACAAUGUCGACUGGCCAUUAUCCGACGCUGAGCAGUACAGCCCCAUGACAGAGUUACAGUGUAUAAAUGAAUGCUUGAAUGAUUGUUUCUGUUUAGUUGCGAUAUAUGCUGAUGAUUAUAAUAACGGCACAUGCUGGAAGAAGAAAUUUCCAUUGUCAAACGGGAGGAUGGGGAGCGGUGUGGAUAGGAAAGCUUUUGUUAAGUAUUCUGUUGAAAAUCCUCACAAACUUUGAAAUAUCUAGAGUAAUGCUCUAGAAUUUCUUGAGCAUUAUCCCAUAGGGUAAGUUCUAUCAAGAAAUUUGUAGAGGCAUACAAGUGUAUGGCUCAAAUUCAUCGUUCCAGAUACUUUCUAUUAGUGUAUGGCAAGGAUUCACUCUUCUACACACUUCCUUGCACUUUUGGCAAGUAUAAAUAAGGGUCUUGUUGAGGACUCAUUUGAGCAACCAAGCAAGAAGUGAGCUCAAGAGCUUGGAUGUGUAGUGUAAGCUUGUGUCAGUGUCCAAAAUAAGAGAGUUAUAUGCUAGUAAGAUGAUCUUGUAAGAAUGAGUAUUGUAAUCUUUAGUGUUCUGUUAAUAAAAGUCU